AUGCUCCCCAGGUCGCCCUCCCCGCACCCCCCCCUGGCGGGCCCCUCUCCCUCCCACGCGCCCUCCACGCCCGCCCUGCCCUCCCCCUCGGAGGCCUCACCCCUCUCCUCGUGGGCGGCGCAGCGCACGUGCAUGCUCAUGGCGGCGCUGGCGUGGGGCAUUCAGCACGAGUACAGCGCGUGCAUCAAGCGUUUUCUCUCCCUCGUGCCCUCUCACUGCGUGUGCCUGCCUGUGUGCGCGUGCACCCCUCCAGCAGUGUCCGCCUCGCCAGAGCCAGAGGCAGUGCGGCCAGCACUGGCAGCUGAAGCAGGUGGUGCAGCAAAGGAGCCUUGUCAGCCCGCCCCCGCGCAGCAGAGCCCCCCCCACAGCCCCACCGCCACAGUCAAGCUCGGCUUCCAGGGCCCCCCCCUGCCCGCUUCUGCUCACCUCUCCGCUGCUCCUCCCCACCUGUCUGCUGCUCCCCAGCUGUCUGCUGCUCCCAGGGCAGAGUGUGAGCGUGCAGUCAGUGCAGGCGAGGCGGGUGAUGGCGGCAGGGGGGCGAGUGAGAGGGCAGAGGGGCACGGCGGGCGAGUGGGGGAGAGCAGGGCGGUGGAAGAGGAGAGCAGGGCGGUGGAAGAGGAGAGCAGGGCGGUGAAAGAGGAGAGCAGGGCGGUGGAAGAGGAGAGCAGGGCGGUGGAAGAGGAGAGCAGGGCGGUGGAAGAGGAGAGCAGGGCGGUGGAAGAGGAGAGCAGGGCGGUGGAAGAGGAGAGCAGGGCGGUGGAAGAGGAUAGCAGGGCGGUGGAAGAGGAUAGCAGGGCGGUGGAAGAGGAUAGCAGGGCGGUGGAAGAGGAUAGCAGGGCGGUGGAAGAGGAUAGCAGGGCGGUGGAAGAGGAUAGCAGGGCGGUGGAAGAGGAUAGCAGGGCGGUGGAAGAGGAUAGCAGGGCGGUGGAAGAGGAUAGCAGGGCGGUGGAAGAGGAUAGCAUGGUUGAACUGGCGGAGAACGGUGGGGGGAAGGGGAGUGAGGGGGGCGGUGAUCGCCGAGAGCAGGGGCAGGCGAGAGAGGGAGGCGAGGGGCAGGCGAGAGAGGGAGGCGAGGGUGGAGGCGCGAGGGCGGAUGGAGAGGUGAGAGGCGUGGGUAGGGCAGAGGGCCAGGCUGCUCGCGGUCAUGCUGAUGUGAUCAUGCCAGAGAUGCUCAGUGACAAUCGCCCUGGACACGCGGAGGUUGAGAAGGAGAUCGAUAGGGUAGAACACGAUCGGGGGGAUGGAGGUGUGGAAAGGGAAGGGGAGGAAACGGAAGGGGAGGAGAGAGAUAGCGAGGACAAAGAUGAGAAAGAGAAGUAUGGGGCGGAGAGGGAUGGGGGGGAGAGGGAAGGGGAGGAGAGUGAUGGGGAAGAGAGUGAUGGGGAGGAGUGUGAUGGGGAGAAGAGAGGAUGGGAGGACAUUGAAGGAGAAAUGAGAGAAGAGGAGGAGAGCAGUGAAGAGAGAAAAGGGGAGGAGAGGGGAGGGGAUAGGACAGAUGGGGAAAAUAACGAUAAGGAGAGAGAAGCUGAUGAGAGCGGAUGGCCAGGGAUGGAACGAAGGGAAAGAAUGAGGAGCGAAGAGAAGACGCGAGAUGAUGACAAGAGGGGAGGAACGGAGAGUGAGGAGAUGAGGAGUGACGGGAAGGUCAUGAAGGAGAGUGUAGAGAAGGGGAGGAAAGGGAAGGUGAUUGAUGAAAAGAGACUGGAUGGGAGCGAGAGAGGAUCAAACAGGAGGGAAGGGAAGGACAAGGAUGGAGAGGAGAGAGGUCGGGAGAGGCCAGGUGGGAGGGAGCGCGAUUGGAAGGAGAGAGAUGGCAAGAGGGAACGGAAGGGGAGAGAAAGAAGUCGAGACUUGAAGGAGAGGGAAGGGACGAGGAGAGAUGAGAAGCACAGAGGAGGGCGGGAGAGAGAUUGGAAGAAGAGGGAAGGUAGGGAUAGAGAAGCAAAGAAGAGGGAAGGAAAGGAGAGAUACAGAGAGAGUUACGUUGAAAAGUGGAGAUACAAGGAGAGAGAUAGGAAGGGGAGAGAAGGGAAGGAUAGGGAAGGAAGACAGCGAGACUCGAAAGAACGAGGGAAGGGCGAAGAAGGGAAGAGGAGAGAAGGGAAUGAGAGAGAAGGGAAGGAAAGAGAUGGAAAGAGAAGAAAAGGGAAGGAGAGAGAAGGCAAGGAUGGCGGAGGUAAAGAGAAAGGAGUAGAGAAUGAAAUAAAGGAGAGAGAAGAGAUGGAAAGGAGCGAGAAGGAAAGCGGAGAAGAUAGCAAGUGUGGUAAGGCCCAAGAAGGCCACGUGGUGGUGGGCGAGGGAGGCGGGAAGUCAAGUGUGGCGGUGUGGGAUAAAGAUGAGGUGGUGAGCACUGCAGGUGUGAGCACUGCAGGUGUGAGCACUGCAGGUGUGAGCACUGCAGGUGUGAGCACUGCAGGUGUGAGCACUGCAGAUGUGUGGUGCAGGGAGCAAGUGGGCGGUGGUGAGAGCAAGGCGGAGCAGCGGGACACAGAGGAGAGAAGGUGGCGGGCUGAGCCCCCAUCACAGAGGCAGGGGGGUUUUGUGGGGGGGGUGGGAGGGGUGGGUGAGGGCGCAAGUGGUGAGGGGGGUGGUGGUGGUGGUGGCUGUGUGAAGAAAGAGUGGGCAAGUGCAAUGCACACGAGUGACUGUGAGGGCGAGAUUGGCGGCAACAGCAAGAAGGGCGAGGGUGAGAAGAAGGGCGAGAGUGAGAAGCAGGAUGAGAGUGAGAUGGGUGAGAGUAAGAAGAAUGGUGACCGUGAGAAAGAGGGUGAGAGUGAGAAGGGAGAGAGUGAGAAGGGCGAGUAUGAAAGGAAGGGCGAGAGUGGGAAGAAGGGCGAGUGUGAGACGAAGGGAGAGAGUGAGAAAAAAGGUAAGAUUGAGGCGUGUUUGGGAGAGGGUGGGGUGGUAGUGGAGGUGGACGAGGAGGUGGGAGUGGGUGCAGCGGGGAAGGCGUGUGAGUUGACUCGCGUGCUGCUGGGUUCCACUGUGUCGCCUCUUGCUGCUGCAUGCGUUGGUGGUGGCAAGCAAGAUGUGAAGGCGGUGGGCGAUGUGAAGGCGGUGGGCGAUGUGAAGGCGGUGGGCGAUGUGGUGCUGGCAGGUGGUGGGGCAAUGGCUGCGGAGGAAGAGAGAGGGCACGCAGUGGAUGCAGAGGAGAAGCAGGUGGAGGGCGGUGAGAAGGAGGAGGGGCGAGGGGGUAAGGGGAGGGAGCAGGUCAGCAUGAAGCAGGAGGGCAGCAAUGAGGGGAGAACAGCGCAUUGGGAGGAAGAGAGGGGAGAAGGGGGGGAAAUGAGUGCGAGCUUGGUGGAGGGAGAGGUGGAGGGCGAGGUGGAGGAGGGAGAACAGGAGGAGGAAGCGGUGGGAGGUGCGAAGGUGGAGCAGCAGGAGGAGGGGGUGGAGGGGCGGCAGCAGCGGUCGGUGUCGCCGGGCACGCGGGCGCUCAUGUGCGACGAGCAGGGCGACCCCGGCGACACACUCUUCGCCGCCACAUCCUCCCCCCUCGCCCGCUCCAGCGCCCUCACCAGCAGUGAUGCCGAUGCUGACCUGGACGAUGACGUGGCGAGGGGUGAUGCGGCGGACGAGGGGGCAGAGCAAGGUGGAGGGGAAUGGGGUGCUUGGUGGGAUGGCAGGCGGGUGAGUCGCAAGCGCAGUGCAGAGCUGAUGGAGGGGGGAGGCGCGGGGGAGGGGCAGCGCGGCAUGGGCGCGGGUAGCAGCAGCCCGUCCGCCGCUGUGCUGCGCACCACCACCACCAGCACUGCCCUUGCUGCCCGCCUGCCGCCCUCUGGGUUCUCGCCCUCGCCUGGCAAGGCCCGCAGGAGAAGCCUGGGGGGACAUGGGGCAGGGGGUGUUGGAGGAGCGAGGGGAAGGGAGGAGCAGGUGGAUGGGAGGAGGAGCGUGAGUGCUGGUCAUGCUGCCCAUGCUGCUGGUGCUCACGCUGCUGCAGGUGGUGCAGCAGCAGAGGUGGGUGUGAUGGAUGAUCCACGGGUUGCCAUCCGCCUUGCUGCUGUGCGGUCCGCACGGGCCACAGCACUGGGACAGGGAAGGGGGUCGUUGGCAACGGCGAGGGGAGGAGAGGCAUGGGAUGGGGGGCGGGCGGUGCAAGAGAGGGCGGUGCAAGAGAGGGCGGUGCAAGAGAGGGCGGUGCAAGAGAGGGCGGUGCAAGAGAGGGCUGUGCAAGAGAGGGCGGUGCAAGAGAGGGCUGUGCAAGAGAGGGCGGUGCAAGAGAGGGCUGUGCAAGAGAGGGCGGUGCAAGAGAGGGCUGUGCUGGAGUUGCUGGAGGACCACCUCUUGCAGAUCGCCGCCCACAUUGGCGCCCCCGCCUGCUAG